AUGGAGCCGGCUGUUCUGGCUCCACACAACCUCCCGCACCACGAGCCAAUCAGCUUUGGCAUUGAUCAGAUCCUGAGCGGUCCCGAACCCCAGGGGGGCAGCCUAGGCCCCGGCCGCGGGGGCCCGGGUCACGGGGAGAACGCGGCGUUCUCGGGUGGAUUCCACGGAGCCUCGGGUUAUGGCCCGGCGGGUUCGCUGGGCCCGCUGCCCGGCAGCUCCGGCGUUGGCCCAGGCGGCGUGAUCCGCGUUCCGGCUCACCGCCCGCUGCCCGUGCCGCCGCCUGCGGUGCCUGGGCCCUCGGGUUUGGGCGGCGCCGGGGGCCUAGCUGGACUCACCUUCCCCUGGAUGGACAGCGGCCGCCGCUUCGCCAAGGACCGGCUCACGGCUGCACUCUCGCCCUUCUCUGGGACGCGCCGCAUAGGUCACCCGUACCAAAACCGGACCCCCCCGAAACGGAAGAAGCCGCGCACGUCCUUCUCACGCUCGCAGGUGCUGGAGCUAGAGCGACGUUUCCUGCGCCAGAAGUACCUGGCCUCCGCCGAAAGGGCGGCGCUGGCCAAGGCCCUGCGCAUGACCGACGCACAGGUCAAGACCUGGUUCCAGAAUCGGCGCACCAAGUGGCGGCGCCAGACGGCCGAGGAGCGCGAGGCCGAGCGGCACCGCGCGGGCCGCUUACUCCUGCACCUGCAGCAGGACGCUCUGCCGCGGCCCCUUCGGCCACCACUGCCCCCGGACCCGCUCUGCUUGCACAACUCGUCGCUCUUCGCGCUUCAGAACCUGCAGCCCUGGGCCGAGGACAACAAGGUGGCCUCCGUGUCUGGGCUUGCUUCGGUGGUGUGAGCGAAGCUCGCUGGACCUGC